CAACGAAGAUAUAAUUAACACCCUUCAAAAUGCACAUCCUCGUAACCAACGACGACGGACCCCCCUCGAACCACUCCUCGCCCUACAUCCACUCCCUCGUCACCACCCUCCAACAAGCCGGCCACACCGUCUCCGUCGUCCUCCCCCACACCCAGCGCUCCUGGAUCGGCAAAGCCCACCUCGUCGGCCACGCCGUCAAACCCACCUACUUCCGCCCCUCGCCGCUCACCAUCGACCCAGCCACGGGGCGCUUCUCCAACACAGGCUCCACCUCCCCGCACCCCUUACCCAAAUCCUCCUCGUCUGAAGAAUGGAUCCUCAUCGACUCGACGCCCGCCAGCUGCGUCCAGGUCGGAUUAUACCACUACUUCUCAUCCCGCGGCCCCAUCGACCUCGUCAUCUCGGGCCCCAACUACGGCCGCAACAGCACGGCCGUCUUCGCGCUGAGCAGCGGCACCAUAGGCGGCGCCAUGGAGGCCGCCGUGUGCGGGAAGCGCGCCAUCGCGCUGAGCUAUGCGUUCUUCGACCGCAACCACGACGCGCGCAUCAUUUCGGAAGCGUCGGCGCUGGCGGCGAGGCUGGUUCAGCACCUGUACGACCAUUGGGAUGAGGGGACGCACUUGUAUACGGUCAAUGUGCCGCUCGUCGAGGGCGUCGAGAAGAGGAAGGUCGUGUACACGGAGAUGCUGCAGAAUUUCUGGCGCAGCGGGAGUUGCUUCCAGGCGGUCGAGGUGCCGGUUCUGGAGUGUGAGAGUGCUGAGGAGGCGGAGGAGGAUGUGAGAAGGGAGGAGGUGGAGCAGGGGAGGCUGGAGCUCGUGAGGUCGAGGAGUAGGGAGAGGAAGUUGAAUGGGACGGGGAGUGGAGAUGGGAAUGAGACGGCGCGUCCGGAUGGUACGGCUACGGAGGAAGAGGAGCGGAUACGUGAGGAGGAGGAGGAUGCACGGGAGGGAGCUGAGAAGCACAUACGCUACACGCAUAAGCACUUCCACUGGGCGCCGCAGUUCAAGGAUGUGUAUCAGAGUGUGGAGGAGAGCGCGCCGGGCAACGACGGGUGGGCCGUCGCUCAGGGCUACACGAGUGUGACGCCGCUGCGGGCGAACUUCAUGCAUGUGCACGGGUUCAGUGGGCAGGAGAUUAAGCUGGAAUAGGGAGGCGUUUGGCGUUGAGGAUGGUUAGGCGUCGAGGGUGCAUAUCAAACGGAGCCAGCAUUAGAUCUGAGUUGACAUUCACAAGGAGACACGAAGAGGGAUACUCGAGCAUCGGGCUACCAAAGAAUACUCUCCCCAAUUCAGCGGAAACGAGUAGACACCAUUGCUAUCAUUGAGAAGGAGAAAAAAAUGCAAC